AUGGAUUCCCCCACCUCCUCGUCGUCCAUUGCGAAAUAUUACUACAAAAUUUUUUUAGCGGAUGAGGGUAACUCCACCAAUGAGGAGGUCGAGCAAGAGGCGGCGUAUGUUGAAGUUGAUGUUGCGGCAGCCGGAGCACCGAAGAAGAGAAUGUUUAAGAAGUUUUGGUUCAGAGGAGUGGAUUUGGAUGCUCUGCUUGAUAUGUCUACUGAUGAGCUUGUCAAGCUUUUCACUGCUCGUGCUCGCAGAAGGUUUCAGAGAGGUUUGAAUAGGAAAGCUAUGGCUUUGAUCAAGAAGCUCCGCAAAGCUGUAUGUUUCCUUUACUAUUUUACAAUGAAGUUAUUUUAAUUAUCUAUUUUGUUACUAACUAGUAACAACCACCCCCGCG